UGGCGUGGCGUGCGGUGGGGAGGGGGCUGCGGGAAGCGCACGGAGGGAGGGGGCUGGCUCGCUCGCCCGCCCGCCGUCGCGCUGCCUAGGAGCCGUUCGCCUGAGCAGCAGCCGGCUCUGGGGCAGCCGGGGUUUGCUCUUGGUCUGGGCUGCUCCUCCGGCCGGGCUGGCUGCUCUGGGCUUCCCUGGGCUUCGAUCUGGUGCUGCCGCCGUCUUCUCCUGGGAGGGCUCGGCAACCCUCGUUGCCACAGCCGGGAGGUCCGCCCUGCAAGCAUGUUCAGGAUCAAGCUAGAGCCCCUGAAAAUGAGUGCCUGGGCCAUGAAUAUAUUUGUGAAGUUCCGGAAUAAAGAGUCGGUGGCUGGGGCGGUCUCCACCAUGGGGAAGGAUUAUUACAAGACCCUGGGGAUCCAGUCGGGAGCCAACGAAGACGAGAUCAAGAGGGCCUACCGGAAAAUGGCCCUGAAGUACCACCCCGACAAGAACAAGGACCCCAGUGCUGAGGAGAAGUUCAAGGAAAUCGCCGAGGCCUACGAAGUCCUGAGCGACCCCAAGAAGCGGGCCGUGUAUGACCAGUAUGGGGAGGAAGGGCUGAAGACCGGCAGCGGCUCCUCUGGCACCACGGGCACCGCGUUCCACUACACCUUCCACGGGGACCCCCACGCCACCUUCGCCUCCUUCUUCGGGGGCUCCAACCCGUUCGACAUCUUCUUCAGCAGCGGCCGCUCGCGGGUGUUCAACGGCUUCGACCACGACGAAAUGGACGUGGACGACGACGGCGACGACCCCUUCAGCGCCUUUGGCCGGUUCGGCUUCAACGGCCUCAGCGGCGUCCACCGGCGGCACCCGGAGCCCAUCCACAUGCGCCGGAGGGUGCAGGACCCGCCAGUGGUGCACGAGCUGAAGGUGUCGCUGGAGGAGAUCUUCCACGGGGCCACCAAGCGGAUGAAGAUCACGCGCCGGCGGCUGAACCCCGACGGGAGAACUGUGCGGACGGAGGACAAGAUCCUCAACAUCGUCAUCAAGCGUGGCUGGAAGGAGGGCACCAAGAUCACCUUCCCCAAGGAGGGGGACGCCACGCCGGACAACAUCCCCGCCGACAUCGUCUUCAUCCUGAAGGACAAGCCCCACGCCCACUUCCGGCGGGACGGCACAAACAUCAUCUAUACGGCCAUGAUCAGUCUUAAGGAGGCCUUGUGCGGCUGCACCGUCAACAUUCCCACGGUCGACGGGCGCGUCAUCCCCCUGCCCUGCAGCGACAUCAUCAAGCCCGGCACUGUGAAGAGACUGCGUGGCGAGGGGCUGCCCUUCCCCAAGGUGCCCACCCAGCGCGGAGACUUGAUCGUGGAGUUCAAAAUCCGCUUCCCGGACAGGAUAGCCCCGCAGACGCGGCAGAUCCUCAAGCAGCACCUGCCCUGCUCCUAGAGGCCCGGUGGGGGGGCGCGGGGGCCUCCCGCCCGCCGGCUGGCCCCAGGCAGCAAUACUUCUUCACGUGUGUGCGGUGGUGCUCUUGGCCUGCACGGUGUGCACGGGCUUAGCCGGGCCUGCGCUGCAAACCACGUCCCGCACCUGCGAGAGACGCUCCGGCCCGGGGCGUGCGCCCCUCCACCUCUUUCCCUGGCCACAUGGCUCGCUGCAGAUGGCCCCCUUCGGGUCCAGCACCCCCGCUUGUGUGUGAGCCUCCAGCCCCCGUGUGCUUGAGGGCUCCGCUGCGGAGCCUGGCUGGCAAACAGCUGGUCACGAGAUGCCAAGGAGGCCACGGGAGGCUGCCCCGGAAAGCCUCCCGCUGGCCAGACUCUUCCGGUUGCUCUAGGCAUCCGGCCCUUUCCGGACUCCAGCCUGGCCCGCCCCAGUUCCCGGGGCCCAUCCUGGCCUGCCUCUGCAGUCACCGAAGAGGGCUGCUCUUGUCCCCGCGCCUCCCCUCUGGCCCCGCGGGUGCUGACUUCUGGGCUCGUGCCGGCCGGGCCGGGCCGGGCCAGGCCAGUGGCUCUCCCGGAGGAUGGGUCUGGGUGCUGGUGAGCGAGCCUUCGGUGUCCCGUGUGGCAGCGGGCGGCGCAAGGGCUGGCUGCGGUCGCGGCACUUUGGAAGGUCCUCGUGUCGCCCGUGUAGCAGCCUCGCGGGGGCCGGUCGCCUCCUUUCCCAUGGGGCGCAGCCGAGUGGUGUCUCUGCAGUGUGUGAGCACAAGUUGGGGCCAGGGCUGGGGGGAGCUUCCCGGGGCCGUGUGCGUGCGCAUGUGUGUGUUUGUCCAGAGAGGGUGGAAGGGGCCGGGCCGGGCCGGGGUGGGGGUCACAGGAUCUGCUUGGGUGGUGCUGUGUGUAAGGGCUGCAUUGGUUAAAAGGAAACCCUUUCAGAGAGCAAUUUUGGAAGAAACGUUUCUCAUCCUUGCUGGCUGACUUCUGCUCCUCCUGCAGGGACAACUCUGGGAAGUGAGGGGUGGCCAGACCGGGCUGUGGGAGGUUCCAGAGCUGCUUUGCGAUAGCAUCCCCCCCCCCCCAUAAUCUGGUGCCAAAACCUCCCUCCGUGGAAAUCCUGACUACUCCUUUUCGCUUGGGUUAAAAUAUUUGCUCUGCCUCCACAUGCAAGGGCUGCCUUGGGCUUCCGCGAGGCCGGUUCCUGGCAGCCGCCUUCCUGCAUCCGGCCUUGUCCCGGUCAGGGUGCCAACUGUAAGCUGUCUUGACUUUACCCACGGGGGGACGGACGGCGUGUCCAGACGCACAGAGCACAGCCGCUUCCUGUAUAGCUGUACAGAACCUAACACGUCGGUCCUUUUAAUGUGCAAUUUUUGGCAGAAGAUUAAAACUGUUAAGCAGUGUUGAACGCAUCAACCAGUUUGAAUGGUUACGACGAUGCCUUUCGCCCCACCGUGUGUGUGUUUUUUCAAUACAAAAAAACGGAAGCUGAUGACGCUGGGUGAGCGUGUGCGGUGCAGUGGGCAGCGCCUUCGGGGGCUUUCUCCGUUUCAGGGAGACCCUGAGUGGUUUUAUAGCGGUUUUUUUGUAGUUCUUUUGUAAUGUCCUGUAUUAAUAUUUAAAAAUAAAGUAUUUUAAAAAGA